UGUCAAGCUUGGAGGUUAAACACGUGAUAAUGAUGUUAUAUAUAUAUAUACGUGUUAAACACGUGAUAAUGAUGUUUUAUAUAUGUACGGCACACCAGACUGCUGAUCAUGAGCUGGCAAUAGAUUACCGACCGGUCCACCUUGAACAUUUGCUGAUGGAGACAAAAUGGUAACGGUAGAUCAGGUGUUAAAAUCCCGUUUUGUAAUGAAAUAAGGAAGUUUUCAAUGGAAUGGACUGGAUCUGAUUGAUGGUUCAUAUGAAGGCCAAACGGAACUGGAAUCCAUAAUAACCGGUGGUUCCGGAGCAUGGCUACUAUAGCAGGACUAUCUGUAAAUGUAAACCUAACGACAUGAAAAAGUGUGUGUUCGUAACUGAUUGCCUUCAUAUGAUUUGUGAAUUUCUGGAAUGCAAUACCUGUGUAGAUACGGACAUUCUCCACUGAGAAUCAAGUGCAGCUAAAAUGCAAGUAAUGGACACACAUGGAAAUUAUCUAAAGAGGAACUAGGAGAAAGUUAUUGAUUUUAUUUUAAUUUUGAACCAUAUCAGAACUGACCGAAGAUGCUGACGAAUGACGUAUCCAGCGACAUAGAGAAGAUUAUAAAGACACAGCCGGUUGAGACGAACCCACCAGGAGACAAUUAUGUCGGUCGAGGGGAUCUUCCUGGUAAACUCUCCGCCUUUGAGAAGCUUAUCCGUCAUGCCAUUUCAAGAUUCUCUAUGGAUCGCGUUUAUGACUUGCUCAGAAUCGUGACGACAGAAUUACGAACGCAAGCAGCCGCACAGGAAAAGGAAGAAGCGGCGGCUGCGGCAGCGGCGAGGAUAGCAGAAUCAACCGCGACAGCCGAGGGCAAAGACGAAAAUACAGAGAAAGGCGAAGAAGGUGACAAGGAUAUAGACACUGGAACUGACGAAGAAAAUAAAAGUGUAAAAAGUGAUAAUUCCAAUAAAAGUUCUGAUCGUGGAAAAUCGGCAAAAGGCAAUGAUAGCUCUGAUGAGAAAACUGAGUCAGUGCCCGCUAAAAAAGAAUACGUAACUAAAACGGUCAACAUAACUUCUCUGAAGCAGGUACGUGACAUUAUCAAAGGUCUUGAAUUAAAAGAAACCGCGGGUGAAAAAUUGACUGAUCGGCAAAUUGUGGCUUUGCGGCACUACGCCACGUUCGCUAAGGAUGUGGCGUACUUACGCGAGUCAAAGAUGUACUUCUACGACAACAUUUAUUGGGCUCUUCUUGAAGACUUCUAUGAUCCAAACGAACAAACGGAAUCAAGAUCUAGUCAGAGUCCACCGGAUAAUGAAAAGAACAAUACAUCUCCCGACUCUGCAAGUACACCCGGAGGCCGGAAAAAUAGGAAAGUGAAAAAUUCAAAUCGUCUUCCGAAAAAUACCAUUAAGAAACCAGAAGCUCCGAAAGAAAACGACAAGAAACGGAUACAUGACGUUGUAAGUGAGUUGGAGGAAGCGAUGGUCAAGUGGACUGGAUUGUUAGAAGACGAUGACCAGAAAAUGGAAUAUUUCGACCAGGACAGCCAUCACGAAGUUGUCCAUUAUUUACACUGUGCUCCGUUUGAACUUGUAUUCCGAGUUGUUCCUGAUGUGUUUAUAAAGUGCUAUCGAGCACUCGAUCUAGCACGAGAGUGGAUCAAGAUUGCAGAGAAGAUAUACAAAGGGCGACUUCCUCUUCGACGAAAGGUACCGCGUGUUCAAAAUGGGGAACCAGUCGAACCUGUUCAAGAAGAACAGAAAGAUGAGGUGCAGGAAACGGAGGAAGAAGAAAGAAAGUCUAAGGAGGCUGCAGCGGAAAUUUACAAAAAGCACAUGAAAAAAAUUAAAACGAGAAUUGUCACUGUAACCGAGAGGAUCAAAAAUCAUGAAUAUCAGAUGACGGAAUUGACAAAAGAAAUGAAAACGUUGAAAACCAGGGAAGAUCGAGUUGAUAAACUUAACGCUAACUUCGAGCAAGCAGAUAGCAAAUUACAAACAGCACAGAAAGAGUUUUCAAAGUAUCUCCACGAAAGACAAAAGACAAUUGAUGAAAUUGGAGAAAUACCACCGGGAAGUUUACAACACUCGGAGCUAUCUAAAAGGGCAGAAACCCUUGAUAAGGAAUUAACGAAAAGACAAAUCGAACUAGGUUUGUUAGAAUAUCAGAAAUCUGUUGUCCAAGAAGACUUCCUUUUAGAACUGGAAUUACGGCCAAAUUUUAUUCAUUUUGUUGGCGAUGUUCAAGGCAAAAUGACAGACAUCAAGACGGAUGUUCAGGAGAAGAAACACGAAAAGAAAAAACUUCAAAAGCAGCUAGAAUCGAUGAUUACAAACACCGAUAGAGUAAAAGCUGUUAUGCGUGAAUACCUCGGCCGUGAGCCGAACGAUAUGGACAUGGAAAUCGCCGUACGAUUAGCGAGUGAAGAGGAGGAUGGCGUGGAUGACGAUGACAAGGAAUCAAAUGAAAAGGACCAGAUAUCUACGGACGAAUCCGAUACUGAUUACUGGCAAAAAGAACCCGGAAACUAUGAUUCUGAUGGAACGGUAGGAUUAGAUUCGGACCAAAGUUUUGUGUCGGUAUCCGAUGAUGUUGAUCUCACAGAAUUUCUUCCGUCAACUGUUGUGUUCGGGGAAGUGUCUUCUUCUGACAGGAAAAUGGCGGGAAAGACGGGUGGUUCUAACAUUUUGUCUAAAAAGAAAACGUACACACCUCAAUCGUCACAGCAGUUUUCUGAUGCGAUGCGUGUUCUUUCCCCAAACAGUAAUCCGAAGUCUCAAAGAGGUUUAGCGGGACCGAAGAAGCUAAAACCACAUUCUAAAGUGUAUAAACAAAUGCACGCAACAAGCUAUAGACCAUCGUGAUACCCUAUAUCUGUUAGUUUUCUUCAAUAUUUAUUUUCAAGUAUCAAACAACUUAUUCGUAUAGAUUGAAAUACAUGUGUUUGAAUAAGUAAUCGCGGGAGGUUUAAAUUCGCGAAUAGCUAAUCACAAAAUGGAUAGUAAAGUAUAAAUCUCGAAAAAAUGGUAGUUACAGUUAUCAAUUAAGGCGGUUCUCGUUUCAAUCAGAUACUUGUGUGACGUCAUUUUAGUAGUAGCUGAUGGAAAUGUUCCAAUCACAGUGAAGGAGCAGUCUAGGCUAUUGUUCUAACAAUGUGUGAGGUCGUGAUUCGCCGUGCGUGUCGGUGCUGCUAGUCAUUGCAAUAUACCCAUGCUAAAAUACCAAAUUUGUUGAUUAGAUCUGAGACAAUAUUGUGACCAAAGGACACAUGUAUACACAUAUUGAGGUGAUCCUCGUGUGGGAGAAGUGUUUUCAGUAAGAUUCACUCUUACCUUGAUUGGUAGGUACAUUUGUAUGUAGAUGUAUAGAUGUCAACAAGAAGCCUGUGACCUUUGUACCUGAGAACGGAUUGUGCCAUCGUGUCAAAAAGUUUUGAAUAAUAAACAUCAAUGUUGUUUUUUACAAUUUACAUGGAAGUAGUCAACGGCAGGCUUCUCAUAGACAAACGAGACCGACUUAAAUGUGGAUUUGAUUUAAACUAAUAACGCUGGAUUUAGUUAAUUAUUUCCUUACAUAACUGCUAUGUUUAUACACAACGUACGGAGUCCAAGUUGUGUUCUUAAAGUAAACAUGUAAAUAUUUUUUCUCGAGAAGUCAGUUUGUAUUUUAUUUUUAUAUUUUUGAAAUGCUGGCAUUGACUUUUAACAAUUAAAAUCAUAUAUUAAUAAGAUACAUAUAAGAUCAAAUCUAUCCAUUUUCUUAUCCGGGAAAACACCUGCUAUCAAAACGAAUCGAAGUACUGAAAAGGCUGAAAGCUAAGGCAAAAGAUAGACCAAGAUGAAUAUAUUAUAUUUGGAAUGGGGAACAAAUUAAAGACGAAGUGACCAUUAUAUUGUACAGAGGGAUUGACGGUUAAUUUUGUUAUGCAUCCUUGUCGGUAGAGAUACUUAGAAAUGAAAAAAAACGAUACAAAAACAUUUCUCCCAUCUCUCCAGCAUCCAAGUUGUUAUAUAUGUACCGACAUUACUCGAUUCAGCUACAUGCACGCUUUGUUUAAUACCUAGUCAUAGUUCAGAUUCUUAUGACGAGUACAAAUAUUUAUUGUGUUCCGAUAAAAAUGGUUGAUCACUAAUUAUCUUCCUGUGUUUCACUUUCAUGAUUAAUAACGGCUUUUUAACAAACAAAGGGUUGUUUUUUAAUUUU